GAAAGCGCUGCUCAUGUCGGAAUCCUCCCGAUCAUCUCCAACACGGUGACAAUGUAGCGGGGACAAGCGGCGCGGAUCUCCACCGGUGGAGAGAGAAGUGGGGACGCACGGGCACGGUUCUGAUGAGGGGAUUAAUGCCAAUCUGCAGCGGCGGCGGCGCAUGAAUGGAUAUGUGCAGAAAAAGUGUGGAUAAGUGAGUGACCACAGGAUGGACACUACGGAGGUCAUCCUCUCUGUGUUGGUGGUUGUUAUUAUUAUAGUGUCGUUGUUGUCCAACGUCCUGGUGCUGGUCUGUUUCCUGUACAACCCGGAGAUCCGCAAGCAGGUGCCCGGUCUCUUCAACCUCAACCUCACCUUCUGCAACUUGUUGCUGACCGUGUCCAACAUGCCGCUCACUCUGGUGGGACUCGUCAGCAAGACUCAGCCGGGAGGGGACGGCUUCUGUCAGAGCGUGGGAUUCCUGGAGACCUUCCUGUCCACGAACUCGAUGCUGAGCAUGGCCGCGCUCAGCAUCGACAGGUGGAUCGCGGUGGUGUUCCCGCUGAGGUAUCACUCCAAAAUGCGCCACAAGGACGCGGCGUUUGCGCUCGGCUACACGUGGGCGCACUCCAUGUCCUUCUCCACGGUGGCCACCUGCCUCUCCUGGGUGGGAUACCACCGGCUUUACGCGUCCUGCACCCUGGCCAACCCCAGGGCGAGCAGCCGGACCCAGUUUGUCAUCUUCACCGUGUUUUUCCACUCCUUCACCUUUCUCCUGUCUUUUAUAGUGUUAUGUGUCACUUACCUCAAAGUACUGAAAGUGGCGAGGUUUCACUGUAAAAGGAUCGACGUCAUUACAAUGCAAACUUUGGUGCUGCUGGUGGAUAUACAUCCCAGCGUCCGCCAGCGUUGCCUGGAGGAGCAGAGACGGCGGCGGCAGAGAGCGACGAGGAAGAUCAGCACGUUCAUUGGCACCUUCAUGCUCUGCUUUGCUCCCUACGUGAUCACCAGGAUUGUGGAGUUAUUUCCAGCAGUGCCUAUCAAUCCUCACUGGGGCAUCGUCUCCAAGUGCUUAGCGUACAGCAAGGCGGCGUGUGACCCCUUCGUGUACUCGCUGCUUCGACACCAGUACAGGAAGACGUGCUCUGACAUCAUCAAUAGGCUGCUGAAGCGCGGCUCCUUAAACACGUCCGGCCGCGGCCAAGACAACCAAGUCAACAGCAUACCGACAGUGGAGUGACGGAGAGAGUGGACUGAUGGGAGACGGUCCGAGGGUGGACUUGGCUCUCGGACGACAUGAAGCUGAUUUAUUGUUGAUGAGGAAGAAGAAGACAAAUGUCCGUGUUCUGUAUCUGCCUGAAUCUAAUGUGACAUUUCAAGACGCGAGCGGCGACACCGACGAGGCACAGAGGCCACUGUGUUUGCACAGCGAGUGUCCACAGCAGCGUCAGUGGAGAGGACAUUUCACAAAUGGCAGAUCUCGCAUCCACUUAGAGAGAGAGCGCUGUGUCUCACAUGUCUCGGGCCUCACUCAAACACGUACUGAUUUUGCAGUAUGUGUUUGUGUUUUAAAAAUAAAUCACUGUAGUAUAUAUAUAUAGUCAUAUUUAAAAAAAGAGACAGGAGUGGCUGUACGUAUGUUGUAGUCUGUGCAAAGUGUUUGCAAGUGACAAGUAACGCGUCCAUACUGUAUGUAGCACUGAGAACUAGCCUAACCAAAAUUAACUGUAUUGUAUAAGUAAUUAAAUAGCCGUAUAAAAAAAAAAAGAAAAAAGAUGAAAUCAUACAAUACAGCAGACGGUGCAGCUGCACAGUCUGGCUCAGGUUUUUUUUCCACACUUGAUCUCUCUCGGUCAGACACAUUCUUAGACGACUUUCCUUUUUCUAAGUGCAUCGCUUUGAAGCACGAGGGCCAGUGGAAGGAAGGCAGGAACAAGCAGGACUUCAUGUUUGCUGUUUGAAGGACUUACUGACCUGGCCAAGCAGAGGUUUAAUGGGAAACAUGGGCCUUGAAAACCAGCUGCCUUUGCUAUCAUGACUGACAUGUGCCCCUCAGGUUGUUUAGUCAACUGGAGCGUGACCAACUGUACUUGUUAUUCACAGAGGGGAGUAAACCCACAGAGACUGCAUCGCCCUCUGAAGGCCCACAUGAUGUCUGUCACGUGUAAUUGACUGGCGAUCUGUCGUUUGUCUACAGUGAUAGCAGCAAUCGGCAGUUCUUCCAACAGGCAAAAAAAAGCAAAAAUAAUCCUUUCCCUGAAGUGAGUGCAGCAGUAUCAUGAAUAUUACUGCCACCUUUUCUUUUUCACCAUGUCAUUUGUUGCAAUUACUGAAUCGGACGUUGGCGAGACCACACGAAGGCAAUGAUCGCUCUCAUAAUGGAGAAUAAUUUCGAGUUCUUGGGCCUCCAAGCGGAGAGGCACACUUAAAAAUGAAUAACUGAUCAGUUUAUGAUUACACCACUCACGUACAUUUGAAAGCUCAGUGGGAUAACAAACUAGUUUACGAGGCUAAAUAUGAUCGCCGUGAAUGGGUACACUCCACAGUGUGGUUCCAUUUCAAUAUUGAGGUUGCUGUUGAAAGGAUUUAAAGAUGUAAAAUGAACUUUCUUCAUCGUUUCUACCUCAAGAGGUGGUGUUGUUUUUGUUAAAAAGGGAGUGGGUUGGAUGUAACGAAAAGCAAUAGUUUUACCACAUUUUAAUAACACUUACAUCUGCAUAAGCUAUUAGAAAAUACACACUAUACAUUUAACAUGAUUUCAGAGUACAGUAGAGUCCUAAAAGAUGAAGCGAACAUAAUAAUUCAACUUAAAAUCUCACAAACAACGUAUCAAUGAAUAAAAAUUCCCUCAUUUCAAAGUGGAGACCAUAGUCUUUGUUUACAUGAAACAUUCAUAUCACUAAUUCUCCACCCGUGUGUUUAGAUGUAUUCAUGGAAAUCAGAGAGACAGCUUUCAUAGUAUUUGAUUCAUAAGAAGAGAUACAUGGCAACCAAUAAUAAACAUACAGUGUUAGUCGUAUAUUUGUCGCAUAUUAGAGUUUUCCAAUGCGAUGUGUAGCUACUGAAGGACGACAUUACCACACAUUUACAUGAACACUAAAUUCAUACAUAAUUCUACAUAUUUAAGUCAAAUCGUGAAGACUCACUCCGUGUUGUGUCUGCCGUGUUACGCCCACUUUUUUCUGUAUCAGAAGACAGGCAGCUCUGUAUCAGAGAGCUUUUGACCGGGUUCCACUAAAGAGUUGACGUCAUUUAGGAGAAGGUGCUUCAAAAAAAAAACAAAAAAACAUAGUAUAUAUUAUAUAUUGUACUGUUGUAUUUUGAAAGUUCAUUUUACAGGACAUAUGACUUUUCCGUGCAUUUGUACACAGUGUGUUUAGUGUUUCGUGUGAGCAUGCAGGGCGGGUUUAUAAGUGACAUAUUGUGUGUAUUUACAAUUGAAACACACACAGUGCCAAAAUUCCAAAAAACAUUAAAAGGCCAAUUGAAAUACCCAAUUCCUAAUUAAUAAUUUUUAUUAUUAUUGUUAUUGUUAUUUUGUGUCCACACUUAUUAGCAUUUAUGAUAACACAGAUGGGAAAUGUUUGUUUAUGUCAUAUUUAUUGUGUGUUACUGUAUGGCACACCAAGACAUCAGAUGCCUUAAAAAAUGUAAUAUAUAGUGUUUAAGAGUUGUUGUUUUUUCCUUUCAACAUGGCAUUUACUGACAGUAAAAAAAGAAUCAUGGCCUUAUUCACUUCAGUUCAUUAACAUUAACAAGGAAGAGUAUUAGGGCCACAUGUAAAAAAAAUUAA